AUGGAUUGGCCUGCCUGUGGCGGCUGGCUAACCCCCUCUCAGGGUGACUUAUUCGGCUGGUCUCAGAAUGAUGAAUUAUUCGGCUGGACAGGCAAAGGCGCUCAGGGUGACCCGUACGGCCCGUACGGAUGGGCAUUCUGGGGCGGCAAAGGCGCCGCCGCACCGCCCGAUGAGUAUGGCCCGUGGUUCGUCGAGUACUACAAGGGCGGCAAGGGUGACUUCAGUAGCGGCGAGGGCUGGAAAGGCAAGGGCAAGGGUGAUGAUUUCACCACCGGCAAGGGCCAGGGUGCAUCCAGGACUCAAACCCCGUCCUCGCGGAUGCGAGGAUCGCUGUAUGCUGCUGCAGGCCUCACGAUCGAAGACCUGCAGGGUCAGCUACAGCGCCUCGAGGCGAGAUUGGUGACGCAGGCCGCUGAGUUUCAGAAGGAGAAGGAAGCACUGGAGGACAAACUGGUGAACCAAAGCUUCCAGAGAGCGGCCGACCUCAGCGAAGCAGAGAGAAGAGUGAGGGAGAUCGCAGACCUUAAGGGUGAGUCGGCGAAGAAGUUGGCCGUGCAGGACGCCCUGGCUCUUAAAGAUCUGGAUAGGGUGACGAAGGAGCUGGAACAGGCCAAGAAGGACCUUCUCAAAGCCCAGGGUGACUUGGCCAAGCUCAAGGACACCUGCGAAACGGACCGCACCGUCCGCUUGCAGCUCCGUUCGCAGCUGGAGACCCAGGAGGCCAGGGUGACCGCGCUCUCGCUCGAAAACUGGCAACUGAAGAAUGAGCUCACCGCUGCCCGGGGUGAGGGUGAUAUGAAGGCCGGGGGCAAGGGCAAAGGGUGA